AUGGAAAACCUAGCAAGCGAACUCGAUCUUCUCAACUUGUCUCCGAUGGACGGAUACGAGAGCAGAGUAGUAACGUUGAUUGUCUUGUUUGUGCGUUUGAAAUUUGCAUAUGUUAGAUAUAUUGUUCUUGAUCCAAUUUUUUUAUGUCGUGCUUUUGUUUAUAUCGUGGGAGAAAGUACAGUAGACAAGGCGUUGCAACUUAGUGGAAGUGACGUUGGAGGAUGGAAGGCCAUUGUUACCCCUUAUCCUUUUCCGCAAGAUGCAGGCCGUUCCAUUACCCUUCGUGUUAGUGGAUAUGACACCUCGCUUAGUGAGAUUGAUAUUGAGAGUGCAAUUCGUCAACAUUUCUCUUCAUGUGGAGAGAUAACUGAUGUCGAAAUUAGCAAGAGCUCAGCUGAAGUUGAUAUUGAUGGAGAAGAUGCGCAAGACAAGGUGAUGGAACUUGAUGGAAGCCACAUGGGAGGACGCAAAUUACUAGUUGAUGUUGUUAGUGGGGGAGUAUACACUUUUCACACGACGCGUCAUUGUUACCUACGUAGCAGGGCCAGGGAUGGAUGA